GGGGUCUGCGAGAAAAAAGCAGCAGCACAGAAGAAGAAGAAGAAGACGACGACCUUUCCAUCUUCCACCUGCGUCUGACCCUCAACCUUAUGGACUAGACUCCUCUUCAGGCCACCUCUCCAGCCUUCCUCUUUUGUUGUUGGAUUUUUUUAAAGUAGUUUCUCCUGCUCACGAUGCAGCCGCAGCUGGCGUGUGUGCUUCUCCUCUGUCUCACGUACGGCGCCCUCUGCACAGAUGUUGACCAGGAGCAGCGAGCGCUGGAAGAGGAGCUACUCAGCAGCCUCUUCACCUCCAAGAUGAAGCACAAUAAGCAGAGUGCCCCCUACUGGCGUGUGUCGCUGGCCAACCUGUGCAGGAUGGUGAGCGGCCUGAGGCAGGAGGUGUGGAAUGGCGAGGAGGAGGCGGAGGAGGAGGCGGAGGGCGAGCUGACGGAGGGAGGCCUCCAGCUGCUGGGGGAGCUGUACAGCCUGCAACACAUCUGCAGAGCGCUGCAGAGCAGGGAGGAGAGGCUACUCCAAGACUCUCUAGAAUAUUCGGAGGAGAGCAACGACUCGCCGCUGAAACGGAAAUCGCCGUACAUCCUGAAGAGGCAGGCGGGCCACAGCACCAAGUCCCGGAGGCCGUACAUCCUGAAGAGGAGCGCAGUGUACUGACGGCCCGGCGGGGGGCGCUGUCAGGGGCUCGCACCGUGUACUUCCUGUGAUGACGUGAUCGUGUCUCUCCUCUGUCUCCUCGUGGCUACACAUGGUUUCUCCUUCUCUCCUCACCCUGUUGAUUUUAUUUUGAUUUAUUUUGAUUGUACGUCCGGCAUCGAGUCCUGUGGUUAUUCCUCUCCUGGAAAGAAAAUCCCGAGCAUCAAGCGAGCGGCGCAUCCCUGAAAAA